GCACGGGGACGAUUCAGUCUAAAAACUAGUAGCGUUCCAGGUGGUGUACCGGAGAUCUCACAUACGCGUAUCGCGAAAUCGUGGUCCAACGACGAGGGGCGUUCGAGUGAGGCCUUCCUCUCGGAAGUGAAUUAUCGGUCGGAGUUCGCACUGAUAUGUAAUCGCCGCUGGAGUAGUCUUGAACGGUCUAUUCACGGUAUUAUAUUAUGCUCGUGGUUUUAAUGGCACGGAUCCAAGCUUCAAUCGUCGGCAGGUUCACUACAGGUGUGCAAUAAAGUCGCUGAUAGCAAAGUGUGUCACACCGCAGUAGUGGCACGCUGCUCUUAUCAGAAACACCUGAGUAAGCGUGCUCAGGCAAGUUAGUGAGUGAGUAAGCGAGUGAAUAAGUGAGUAAGGGAGCCAGCAAGUAGUAAGCUAGUGUAUUUUUCACAUCUAUGCGCAUCACCGUCAGUUGGGUUUCCAGCAGAUAAGAGCACACCGCCUCGCAUCACCUAAAGUUAUACAAUAUUUCGUAAUUAUACUAGUGGGACGACCCUUUCCCCGCAUUCAUUGGCAAAGUGUGAAGUGUGUCAACCGACAAACCAAAGUUCCUUAUCGGGAAAAUGUUCCGCGCGUACGGUUCUCUGCCGCCGAGUGAGUGUUCGUCACCGCUCACGCCGUCGCAGCCGCCGCCGCCAGCGGCUGUUGUUAACAGUUCACGCUUCGAUGAGCCGCUCAGAAGCCCGGAUUGGAGUGGUGGCCCCACUGGGUCACUAUUCGAACCCGACGGCAUCGACGAUGACGCGAGUUAUCAGCGGCAAUGGCCACCGGUCGACGGCGGCACAGAGCAACCAUUGCCAUCGAUUUCGCCGGUGAACCCUGCGGCGGCCAGUGAAUUGACCAGCUUGUUCGCCAAUGCAAGGUUCUUCCGGCCGGAAUGGCCUUUGAGCAACAGUAACAGGAACAGCAGCUACAGCAGUGCCGCUAACUGCCAUAACUACGGUAGGACCGCGGCUGCUGUGACAAAAGGAUUCCUCAACUGCAACACAAACACCCUUCAAUCGCUGGCCCAGCUGCACGGAAAACUUGAUUUCCACGAAUUCAUACCCGGUAAACCAUUUUUCUCCGGACUGGACGAGCACAUUUCGGACGAAGCCGGUGGUGGCGGAGGUGGUUUCGGCGGAGCCAACACCAACAACCAUCACCACCAUCAACACCAUCAGCAGCAGCAGCAGCAGCAUCAUCAUCUCCACAACCAGCACCAUCACCAUCAUCAGCUGGGUGGUCUCGGAUCGCCGGCGCGUUCGUCACCGCACUCGAACGGAUCGGAAUCGACGGAACGGUUCUCGCGGAAGGUUUUCGUCGGCGGCCUACCACCGGACAUUGAUGAAGAGGAAAUCACCACGUCAUUCAACCAGUACGGGGCGCUCGUCGUCGACUGGCCGCACAAGGCCGAGUCCAAGUCGUAUUUUCCACCGAAAGGAUACGCAUUCCUGCUCUUCCAGGAAGAGCGCGGCGUUCAGAAGCUGAUCGAAACGUGCCACCCGGAGGACGACAAGCUCUACAUAACGGUAUCUUCGCCGACCAUCAAGAACAAGGCAGUACAGAUUCGCCCCUGGCGGCUGGCCGAUGCUGACUACGUGCUGGACGCCUCGAUGCCGCUGGACCCACGCAAAACCGUUUUUGUCGGCGGUGUUCCGAGACCGCUAAAAGCAUAUGAGCUUGCCACGAUAAUGGAUCGGCUGUACGGAGGCGUCUGCUACGCCGGCAUCGACACUGAUCCGGAGCUGAAGUAUCCGAAGGGAGCCGGUCGAGUGGCUUUCUCGAAUCAACAAAGCUACAUUGCCGCAAUUUCCGCUCGGUUCGUACAGUUGCAGCAUGGCGACAUUGACAAGCGAGUCGAAGUGAAACCGUACGUACUGGACGAUCAGAUGUGCGACGAGUGCCAGGGUCAGCGCUGCGGUGGCAAGUUUGCACCGUUCUUCUGCGCCAACGUUACCUGUCUACAGUAUUACUGCGAACACUGCUGGGCCCAUAUUCAUUCGCGCUCUGGCCGUGAGUAUCACAAGCCCCUCGUUAAGGAGGGUGCGGACCGGCCCCGGGCAGUGCCCUUCCGCUGGUGUUAACGCCAGCCACCACG